CACUACGUAGCGUUUGACGGGCAGGUGUAUGGACCGCAUACAGGUCCCGGCUGUCUAGUGAGGUGACUGACAGCUGUUUUCUAUCGGAAAACGGUCGGUACCAGCGGUCCAGUAAUCAGAACUCGCCGUCUCCGACCCGAACGCACACACGGACGCACAGCCAUGUCUCCCUCAGUGCCCCUUCAGGAGAUGAUCCGGGCCAUCAGGUCAGCCAAGACUCAGUGUGAAGAGCGAGGAGUGAUCCAGAGAGAGUGUGCCGCCAUCCGUGCCCAGUUCAGACAAACUGACAAUGGUUGUCGGUCCCACAACCUGGCCAAACUUCUCUACGUGCAUAUGCUGGGCUACCCUGCGCAUUUUGGUCAGAUGGAGUGUGUUCGGUUGAUAGCAAGUUCCCGCUACAGUGAGAAGCGAAUGGGAUACCUUGGCGCCAUGAUGCUCCUGGAUGAGAAGCAGGAUGCCAGUCUACUCAUCACUAACUCCAUUAAAAAUGACCUCUCUCACAGCAGCCAGUAUGUCCAGUCUCUGGCCUUGUGUACGCUGGCCUGCAUGGGAUCUGCUGAGAUGUGCCGAGACCUGGCACCAGAGAUCGAGCGGCUGCUCAGAGCAUCCAACUCCUACAUCAAGAAGAAGGCUGCAUUGUGUGCCAUACACAUUGUGAGAAAGGUUCAUGAUCUUGGGGAGCUUUUUGCCCCGACUGCUCGCUCCCUGCUGACAGAGAAGCACCACGGUGUGUUGCACGGCGCGGUCGUACUCAUCACCACAUUGUGUGAGAAUCCUGAGACGUUGGAACGCUUCAGGAAGACGGUUCCAGAUCUGGUUCAGAUCAUGAAAACUCUGGUCUUCUCCGGUUAUUCACCAGAGCACGAUGUAGCAGGAGUCAGCGACCCAUUUCUUCAGGUUCGCAUCUUGAGGCUGCUGAGAAUCCUCGGGCGCAAUAAUGAAUCCGCAAGUGAUGCCAUGAAUGACCUACUUGCUCAGGUUGCUACUAACACUGAUAGCACAAAGACUGUGGGUAAUGCUGUCCUCUAUGAAACCGUCCUGACCGUGCUGGACAUCAAGUCAGAGAGUGGCCUCAGGGUUUUGGCAGUGAACAUCCUGGGACGGUUUCUUCUCAACAAUGAUCGUAACAUUCGAUAUAUUGCAAUGACAUCUCUCCAGAGGAUUGUUGGGACGGACAACACUGCUGUCCAGCGUCACCGUGGGACCAUUGUGGAUUGCCUUAAGGACCCAGAUGCUUCUGUCAAGCGCCGUGCUCUAGAACUUUCUUUGGCGCUGGUGUCUGCCAGCAACAUCCGCUCCAUGAUGAAGGAGUUGUUAAUCUUUCUCUCGUCCUGUCCUCCUGAGCUGAAGUCCCAGGCUGCCAGUGGAAUAUUCCAUGCUGCAGAGAGGUAUGCACCUUCGCAGCGCUGGCAUAUUGACACUAUUCUGCAUGUCCUCACAACGGCAGGGGCUGACGUAAGAGAUGAAACAGUCCCAAACCUAAUCCAGCUCAUCACAAACGCCUCAGAGCUUCACUGCUACAUCGUCCACAAGCUUUACCGUGCUCUGCUCAAAGACAUCGCCCAGCAAUCUCUGGUUCAGGUGGCGUGCUGGUGUAUUGGAGAGUAUGGGGACUUGCUGUUGAAAGGAGAGUGUGAGGAGAUGGAACCUGUUCAGGUUGCAGAGGACAACAUUCUGGAUGCUCUAGAGACAGUACUGCAGUCCCACAUGUCGUCCCCGGCUACCAGAGGCUUCGCCCUCACGGCCACCAUGAAACUGAGCACACGGAUCACAGAAAAUGUGGAUCGGAUCAGAAGCAUCGUCAGCAUCUAUGGCAGCUGUAUAGACGUGGAGCUCCAGCAGAGAGCAGUGGAGUACAACGCUCUUUUCAAGAAAUACGAUCAUAUGAGAGCUGCUGUGUUGGAGCGGAUGCCUGUGAUUGAGAAAUCUUCUGCCAGCACUAAUGGAGAGGCGGCAGAAGGGGGCAGCACUAACAUCCAGGUGACUAGAGCUAAAGAGGAGAAACCACAGCUGCCGCAAGAACCAACACCCCAGGUCUGUGAUCUCCUGGACUUGUUGAGCAGUGCAGAGGAGCCACAGAAACCCACUCCAGCUCCAUCAGGGGAGCCAACUAACAAACAUUACCCUGCAGCAGGAGACCUUCUGGACCUGUUGGGAGGUUUAGAGCACACUUUUACCCCGGCAGCUCCCGAGGAGACAGUGUACCAGAAGAAUGGGGUCACAUUGACCCAGCGCUGUGAGAAGCAGUCAGAGUCUGGCGUGACGGUCGUACUGACAGCUUCGAACUCUAAUAGUGCAGACAUCACUUGCUUCACCCUGCAAGCUGCUGUGCCCAAGAGUAUCCAGUUGCACAUGAAGGCCCCCAGUGGAGACAACCUUCCUGCUCUGGGCUCCUCUAAAAUAACCCAGGCAGUGGUUCUGAACAACCCAAACAAAGUCACUCUGAAAAUGAGGGUGCGCUUGUCAUACACUAUUCAGGGCUCAAAUGUCCAGGACACCGUCCAGAUAGAGUCCUUCCCAGCGCUCAGUCCUGCUGGUCACUGACUGUCAGCUGGCCCUGCUGGGGUCAGAGUGAAAACAGGGCAGCUCUGGGUAAGCUCUAACUCACUACCCUGAUGAAGUGAAGCAAAGCAUUGUGGAGUGUUUCCAGCUGCUGAACUGUUUUUUCUUUUGAGUCGUCAACACUGGAGCGCCACGCCUCCCCCCAGUUGUCCGCGCGGAUGUUCGGACACUUUUACUUGAUUAUGGAUUGGUACUGUCCGAGAUGGUAACUGGGAUUUUAUAUUACUCCUGUCGAUUGCACUCCUUUUAAGUCAUGAGGUGAUCAAGUUGGUCUCAGAAAUUACUUUAUCGCUACAUUUUCCCAUGUGAAAUGACAAAAUAGAAGGUGUGUAUGACUCAACACCUUAUGGCUGGAGACUCAACACCUUAUUGCUCCUCAAUCAAUAAGCUGUAUUGAUUCGAUUUUUUGCAUUUUGUCAACAUAGAACCCAGGUGCCCUCAUGACUAACUUUUGACGAUUGACACUAGCUUUUUCUUCUCGACCCGCCGAAGUCUUCCCAGUCUGUCUUGAAGGCUUUCAUUCAUAUCCGCCUUGAUAGUUCCCCGUAAAUCGGACCCUGAUGAUGCCUGGGGUCACUGGGCCACUUUGUUGGACGACUAUCCUGGAACACAAGGAGCAAUAAAGCAGAUGGUUCCCCCACUACCCUCUGUCAACUCAAAACUGAGCAUCACCUCUGGAUGAUGCUGAGGAACUCACCUGACCUGGGACCAUCUUCCAGCAGGUUGCAUGUCACGACUGUCUGUCACUUUGUUUUUCGAGGAACUUCUGGGGUCAAACUCAGUCUCGUUGGCGGUGCGUAUCAUGUGGCCCUUAGAAUGACUUGUGUGAGCCGUGUAAACAUGAAGUCGGUAUCCUUUUAGUUUUAAUUCUACUUGACUUGAGUCUACGAGAGGGCACUCUUCACUGUAUAAUCUUUGGUUCUGCUACACCCAACUUUUAAAUCUGAGAGCGCCACCUGCUGAGCUCUGAAAAUGAAGACACUGCUUCAUCAGCCCAUCGAACGGUUCUACUGCCCUGUCAGUUGGAAAUCCAAGUCAAGAGCAAGUUUACAUUGAAACAAUAAGGCUUGAAUUGUCAGACAACUGUUUGACAGUCAUGGCCACCGAGCAUUUAAGUUGCUCUUCUUUUAGUCAUUCAUUUUCCUGAAUGAACAUUGUGGGGCAACUGUCAUCACUUCGUCAUAUUUGCGCAGCUUACUUGAACAACUGUUUGUAUUCCAUCAGGACCAAUAUUGCUCAUUUUUAAUAGCUACUUAUGCUUUACAUUAGUUUCACCUGGUAACCUGGAUGUGUCUUCAUUUUCCUUUUUCAAGAUGUCUGAAGUCAGUAUUGUGGUGAUGCUGAUUGGGGGAAAUUGAAAGAGAAGCUGUACUUGCCAAGUGUGGGGUUUCAUUGGAGCAGGUAUACUUCACAAAUAAGAUGCAGCAUUUACCAGAUCGGUAUCGAGCGUGUUCCAGUGAUUUGCUAAGCCUGAAGGAUCACAGCACUCAGGAAAUUACCCUGUGUUGUCUCACACUUGUCUUCGUUGCCCCUGUGUGCCUUAUACAGAAAGACCUCGAACGUUCUCAUGAAGUCAAGGAGUAUGUUUUAUUCGUUUUUGUGAACGUCCUUUUGUUCAAUCACCAGCAGCACCUGCUUCAAGGUUUCACCUCGCUAGUUCAUUCACAGAUAAGCAGGAUCCAGUAGGAUGCAUAUCAUGUUUGGGAUGUGAAGGUGAAAAAUCACAAGCCUCACUGAAAAUCGAAAACCAAUCUGAUCACCCACUGCUCAAAGGUCAUGUGUCGUCGGGUUCAACUCUGUUCUUUUGUGGGAACUCAAUAAAAUCACUUGCCAAAUGCCCAGUGUGCCGCAUGUUUGUGCAUUGUCGACAACUCUCAGUGCAACUUCAGUGUUUAUUAAUAAGCAAAAAAAUCACCAGAAUGUCGACCUGCCAGAUGUCAGGAAGCCAAUGUGGGUAACAAAAACAUUUACAAAGAAAUCACAACGUCCUCUUUUUUUUCUUUCCUGAAGUUAGUGGGUGGAUUGGUUUUGGAUGCGGCCCGGUCUCUGCACCAUCACACAGAAGAUAGCUGAGGGGUUGGCUGAUGAGAGCUGCUCAGGACGAU